CUCAUAUUUUUCUCAACCAACCUUAAAACUACAAAACUUUUUCUCUCUAUUCAUUGCCACUUUUUUUCUUCUUAGUUACAUUUUGCAGCUACUAACAAAUGAUUCAAACACUUUAUCAGUUUUCUUCUUUGUUCUUCAGAUCUUUGCUCUGCACCAUAUAAGGUGUGCCUUUCAUUACAUGUUUUGCUUUUGAGCAAUUGAAAAUUAACCAGGUUCUGCAUUAUUGCUUUCUAGUGUCAUUGCCAAAACCAGGGGAUGCAGAAAGAUGUGGUUCAAAGUGAAGAGUUCCUUCUCUGAGGUUAAUGAGGUUGUAGCUCCAUCUGAACUAACCUUUUUAAUACUUGAUGAGAUUGGAUAUCUAGUUUACCACCAAUAUCUAUUUUGUACUCAUGUGCCUGAGGUAGCUAGAAGUCUCGGUAAUUGCAUAACGUCAAAACCCGAUGUUUGUGAAGAUGGUUGAGCUUUGAGCACUAUAUAAUCUAUAGUAGUAGUGUAGGUUGUAAGGAAAAAGUGUUGCCGAAAUGGAACCGAAGGGAAGUGUGCUUAUGCAAAGAUAUGAGAUGGGAAGAUUAUUAGGCCAAGGAACGUUUGCGAAGGUCUACCAUGCUAGGAACCUUAUAACUGGCGUGAGUGUGGCCAUUAAGGUAAUUGAUAAAGAAAAGGUUUAUAAAGUUGGUAUGGUUGAUCAAAUUAAGCGUGAAAUUUCGGUUAUGAGAUUAGUCAGACACCCGAAUGUGGUCGAGCUUUACGAGGUAAUGGCUAGUAAAACCAAAAUUUUCAUUGUGAUGGAGUAUGCAAGAGGCGGUGAGCUUUUCCACAAAAUAGCAAAAGGGAAGCUCAAGACAGAUGUUGCUAGGAGAUAUUUCCAGCAGCUGGUUAGCGCAGUUGACUACUGCCACAGCAGGGGUGUGUAUCAUCGAGAUUUGAAACCCGAAAAUCUACUAUUGGAUGAAAAUGAAAAUUUGAAGGUUUCAGAUUUUGGUUUGAGUACACUUUCUGAAUCUAAGAGCCAAGAUGGAUUACUCCACACUACAUGUGGUACGCCUGCGUAUGUUGCUCCGGAAGUGAUAAACCGAAAGGGUUACGAAGGGUGCAAAGCUGAUAUAUGGUCGUGCGGAGUAAUCUUGUAUGUUCUAUUGGCCGGUUAUCUUCCAUUCCAUGAUCAAAAUCUGAUGGAGAUGUACAGGAAAAUCGGUAAAGGGGAAUUCAAAUUUCCUAAAUGGUUUGCACCCGAGGUUCGCCGGUUGUUGUCCAAAAUAUUGGAUCCAAGUUUAAAGACUCGGAUAUCAAUGGCCAAGAUCAUGGAAAAUUCUUGGUUUAAAAAAGGAUUAGAGAAACCUGUUGUCAUCGAGACUGAAAACAACGAACUUACUUCUCUCCACGCUGAAGGAGUGUUUGAAGUAUCCGAGAACGGUGGUGAUUCUAAUACGGAGACAAAACAACUACAGGCGAAGCCUUGCAACAACUUAAACGCCUUUGAUAUCAUCUCCUUCUCAUCUGGUUUUGAUCUAUCCGGUUUGUUCGAAGACACAAUUCAAAAGAAAGAGAUGCGGUUUACGUCUAACAAGCCUGCAUCAACUAUAAUCUCUAAGUUGGAAGAGAUUUGCAAGUGUCUUCAAUUGAAAGUAAAGAAAAAAGAUGGAGGUUUGUUAAAGUUGGAAGGAUCAAAGGAAGGUAGGAAAGGGAUUCUGAACAUUGAUGCAGAGAUUUUCGAGAUUACUCCUCACUUCCAUCUUGUGGAACUUAAAAAGUCUGAUGGUGAUACAGUGGAGUAUGAGAAGCUUUUGCAACAGGAGAUUAGACCAGCACUUAAGGACAUUGUGUGGAACUGGCAAGGAGAACAACCUCAGCAACUCCAACAGGAAGUAGUGCAAGAGGAGCAACAAUCAUCUCUUACUGAUCAAAUUUGAGGCUAAUUUCAGAAUCAUUGUUGCAUCACUAGGUUGUUGUAUGUUCUGUAUUUCCUUUGUGUGAACUUGAUCAAGAGUUUAAUUUAACAAUACUCAUAGAAUAAGGUUCAUAGUUUAAUCUUUUUUAUGUUUGUAUGAUACUUCAAAAAUACUUGUAUGGCUAAAGUGAAAAUUGGACCAUUUGGGCUUUUUGUUCAUUUCCCUCACGAUUAUUCUUUACAAA